AUGCUUCACUUAACCGACCAACAUCCACAGUUGGAGCUUCAUGAUCCCGCCGCGAAGGUAUCCGAUACCAAGUGGAACGCACUCCAGAAGCUGAUUCACCACGUGAAGAACUCGGACUUAUGGACGCGUCCGUGGCUUGGGUGGGCUUUCGUGUACGCCUUCGUGCUGCUGGUAUGUCUCUUCAACCGCCGAGUUUCGAUGACGGCGCUGAUUACCAUGUACGCAAGUGCAAAGGAUGUGACCUCAAUUGUCGUCCUGGGAGCGCUGAGUCUCGGUUUUCUCGAGGAUUUCGUUUGUGCCACGUACUUGGCGUUUACCUUGUGGCUGUUUGACAUCUUGAAGCUGAAGAUUCGCACUCAAACCGGAGUCCACAAGAACCACGGAGCUGCUCGAUUUGUUACAAACAUUGCAACAUUCACAGUCUCGUGGCUGCUCUACGCCAUGGUAAUGAUCCCGUUCUGGGCCGAUUUGCUGCUGGUGCGUCUCCGAGGUAUGCGCUUCACGUUCGAUCUCGUCACAAUGGCCAUCGAAGAGAAGGACAACGUCAGCGCAGUCCCGAUUUCGAGUGAUGAACUUCAACAAGGUUUCGUCAAUGCAGUACUCUUGGUGAUACUAGCGACACUAUUUGCAAGCUUGCGGACGUGGGCUCCGUGGAUGGAUAUGACGUCGUGGAACCCAGUGUGUGGUAUAACAAAUCAAGUACAGUACAAACAAGUACCGAGUACACUCCAAGAUGUUAACAUGACCCAAACUUGUGCCACCCCUCGCCACAAGAUCAUAAUUGAAGAACCGGUCGAGCCUGAGACGUCUCGUAUGCUGGAGAAUGACGAAGAUAUUCAAACUACCUCAAAGACUCGGAACUGGUACUGCAAGUACGGGAUAUCCAUGAUCAUUGCAUUGAUCGGUCUUCCGAUUGUUGCGGUGUUGGUUAGUAGCUCGACUUCUCCGCUUAUUGCGUACUCGGCAUUGAACACCUCGUUGAACGAGUUAUUCGCACACGCUCUGCAACCCCGUCUGCCCAAUAUGAGUUACAGUUUACCAUGGCCUGAGAAGUUCAUCCACUCCGCCACUGAAGAGUACACGCUUUUCGGUGACAAUACACUAUACCGACGCACUACAGGAUUCCACGGAGACAUAGCGUUCGACGUCAACGUCUCUUCUGACAACCCACCUAAUGUACUGGUACUUGUCAUCGAGUCGUUUAGAUUCCACGAUUCACGGUACCUCGUCGGAGAAAAAGACCCAUCGAACCUUUUUAAGGGCGCAAAACUCACAAUCACUCCGAACUUUGACAAGUGGGCGCAGCGUGGAAUUGCACUUCGUAAUUUUUGGUCCAGUUGGAGAACAAGUCGCUCUGUGGAGAGUCUACUAUUCGCGCAGAUUCCGUACGACAGUACGAGUAAAUCCGGGAUGUCCGGAGGUAGGAACCAAACCAAACUAUCUGGUUUACCACAACUCUUCACUAAAAAAGGGUACGAGACGUUCUUCACCACUGGAUGCAAGACCGACUAUGAUGCGUGGGAUUUAUUCCUUCCAACUCACGGUUUUGAUACUGUUUGGGGUCGAAACGAGAUGAUGAAGUUGGCUGAAAAAGACCUGGGAAUUAAGCCUAGCGAGUGGUAUGGCGUUGAGCACCGAGCGUUAAAUUGGGGUCUACACGACGAUUUGAGCUUCCAAUUACUCGGUGAUUUGAUGGUCAACAAGACGAGGGAGCAGCGUGCGCGUAUGGCUAACAGAGAACCGAAGAAGCCGAUGUUCCUGACCCACUACACUAUUUCGAGUCAUGUUGACUAUAAGCAACGUCCCAAGUGGUACCAUGAUGCUGUGAAGCCUAUUUUUUCGGCGCUGUUUGAGGGUGAAAAAUACGAAGACAACAUUAAAAAUUACCUCGAGAUUCGAUAUUUUACCGACUUGGAGUUGGGGAAAUUCAUGGAUCGCAUGGACAAGAAGGGGGUACUCAACGAUACUAUCGUUGUCAUCGUUGGCGAUCACGGACAAGGGCCUGAAUUCGGGAAUGAUGUUCCCGAAGAUCGCGACGUAUCUGCGACGCGAGUAGCCGGUACUAUCAUCGCUGAAGGACGUCUCGGUGACUCUGUUGGGCUUGUUAUUGACGAUGCGACGGAACAGUACGACAUUCUGAAUACUCUUGCAGAUAUCACGGGUGUUCCGGACGGCGGGUUCAUCCAAGACGGCGUGGGUCGCUCCCUUAAACGUAAAAUUACGUUUGGUGAGCGUGUUGUGUACAGCAAUAAUCCGACUCGGAAGAUGUCGAUUGUGCGAGGUCAUCAACGUCUGCGUUACGAUCGUGUGACGGACUCAGUGCUGCUACAUGACGCCGAUACGGAUCACGACAUGAGUACGGAUCUGUUUCCGAAGCUUACAGCUAAAGAGCAAGCGGAGUGGCUUCGCUGGCGUGAUAAUGGACGUCGAGUGAAUGAGUACUACGCGAAACGUUGGGAAAACGAGUGCUUGCUGGCUCCAGAUUGCACGAAUACGAGCGCAUCGUAAUGCUUCGAUCUGUGAACGUCUGUGGCGCGCUCUAAACUUGUUUUCCUUGCCGCAACAGUCCCGAGUCUGCUUUUUUUUUCUUUAUAGUUCUGAUCCCUAAAUCUUCAUGUUGGC